GUCGUGCCCGUGUCUCGAAUUGGGUUGUACGUCUCUCGUCAGCUCUAAACCGAAUUCCACCGAAAAGGGAAAAUUUCCAAGACGUUUCGCAGUGUAUGACCAACGCCAAACCGACCCUAGUAAAUUGUUAAAAGACCAACGACCGUCGCAUUGUCGAGCUUAUUGGGACUACAUCCUCGUGAUAUAAGAGGUCUCUUACGAGAGCCUCUUCUUCCUCAUGCAGAGGCGAUCAUCGGGGUCGUCCGAUGACAGCGCCGAUGUCCCUGUCAAGACCUCGCGCCCUCAGAGAAAGACGAGGCUGAACGACCCAAAUUCCUCUCUCCGACGUUCCCACGAUAUUCGCCAAUCUGAGCGCACACAUAAUUCUGGCACGAGAUCAUCGUCGGCGAGGAGCCGGAGGCCUAGUAGUAAUAUCAAUUGGAGACUUUCUCAUAGUCGGGAUGGGUCUACCGACAAAGCCGCCGCAGCCUCGCAUCUUGCGCCACCCACAUUAUCGCCAGACUACCCGAGCAUGGAGGGAGAGAAGACCGUAUCUUCAAGGCGUAGGGCCCACCAGCCACGACUCCGGACUCCUUGGGUGAUGUCUCUUUUAACGUUGUUUACAAGUAUUGCUGGCAUUGCCCUCAUGGUUACAGUACUGUACUCUUCCGUUACCUUACACUGCGACCCCAAAGGAUGUCGCAUGUCCUGGAUGAGCCCGUCAUACGCCAAAUUUAACGAUUUCGAUACCGAGCACACGCGCUUUGCGACCAAGUAUUCAUUAUAUUUAUAUCGGGAACAGGGGUUUGAUAGUGGACCUAAGAUAAAGGGUAUACCGGUGCUAUUUAUACCUGGAAAUGCUGGUAGCUAUAAACAAGUUAGAUCCAUUGCUUCCGAAUCAGCCAGGUAUUUUCAUGAUGUCGUGCAACACGAUGCGGCGGCUUUAAACGCGGGUGCUCGGAGUUUAGAUUUCUUUACAGUCGAUUUCAACGAAGAUUUUACUGCUUUUCACGGCCAGACGAUGCUCGACCAAGCCGAGUAUAUUAACGAAGCAAUUCGAUACAUCCUCUCCCUGUACCUGGACCCCAAGAUUUCGGAGCGUGACCCAAGCCUCCCAGAUCCAUCUUCGGUUAUCAUAUUAGGACAUUCCAUGGGUGGAGUCGUGGCCCGGACAAUGUUCAUAAUGCCAAAUUAUCAAACCGACUCUGUCAACACAAUUAUCACCAUGUCGGCUCCUCACGCUCGGCCGCCUGUCACGUUUGAUCCUCAAAUUGUUAAUAUCUAUAACGAUAUAAACAACUAUUGGAGACAUGCCUAUUCGAAACGGUCAUCCGCCGAAAAUGCUCUGGGCCAGGUUACUCUCGUAUCCAUCGCUAGUGGUGGUUUGGAUACUGUGGUCCCGUCGGAUUAUGCUGGGUUAGAAUCUAUUGUGCCUGAAACUCAUGGUUUCACCGCUUUCACAUCUACAAUUCCAACUGUUUGGACAAGUAUGGAUCAUCAGGCAAUUACUUGGUGCGAUCAGUUCCGAAAGGUUAUUGUGCGUGCGCUGUACGACGUGGUCGAUAAUCGCGGAAGAUCGCAGACGAAAUCGCGGACAGACAGGAUGAGAGCCUUCAAAAAGAGAUUUUUGACAGGGUUGGAAAGCUUUGUCGAGAAAACUUUACCGGAAACAGCGCCAUCCACAUUACUUACUCUAGAUGAUGAAUCAACCGCUAUUCUUCCUCCAGAGGAGCGCCUUGUUCUCCGUAGCUUAGGUUCGGGCAGGAUGUCCAAGGCACACCUUAUGCAAGUCCCAUCGAAGGAGUUCGUAGAGGGAAAGAAGUUCACUUUGCUUUCGGACAGCAAAGUAGAUCGACCAGGUGAAGACGGAAAUCUUGAGCUCCUAUUUUGCAAUUUCUACUCUUCUCAAGUUGGACAGACCAAUCCCCCAUUUUCGGCAAAUAUUGAUAUAUCCGGCGAUACCGGCGAAACCACCAAGUUUGCCUGCAAAAACCCCGCGCCCGACGUUGUUUCUCUGCCAGCUUCUACUCGUUUCACGAAGAACCCUUUUUUCAAAGAGGACGAAUGGCAAAAUCCGCCAUUUUCAUACCUUGAGUAUAAUAUUGAGGAUAUUUCGGAAUUCGACUUUGUUGCGGUUAUUGACAAGACGGCUAUUCCAACAGCUGGGUGGGUAGUCGCUGAAUUUAGUGACAAGGCCGAUGCUCAGUUUACUCGAAAUAUCAGCCUCAGACGUUUACUUAGCUUCGGCUUGUCUCUUCAUCUCCCAUCGAAACGACCAAUGGUUACUGAAGUGAAGCUUCCCUCUGUUCAAAGCAGCUUGUUAGCAUACAACCUCAACAUUGAAGGUCAGAAAUGCAACGAGCGAGAAGAGCUAUUUACACCGCUUGUGCGACAGUAUCUUUCUGAGCCUUACGAGUCAAAAUACUUUGUGAAUGCUCAUGAGGUAGAAAUUAGUCUUCAUGGUGUCUCACCCUAUGUACCCCCGCCUAUCAAAUCCAGAGAAUUCGAUGACGGCCUUAGCCUUCAAUUCUGGACGGAUCCGACCUGCGAUUCAAGUGUUUCCAUUCACAUUACAGUCGAUACCUUAGGCAGUCUUGGGAAGCUUUAUAUGCGUUACCGUACGAUAUUUGCGUCCUUCCCUUUGCUUAUCGUGGCGCUUGUGUUACGAAAGCAAUUCCAGGUUUAUGACAGCACCGGAGUUUUUAUUCCCUUCUCCGAGAGCUUAGAUUCCUGUCUCAGACGAUCAUUACCAAUGCUUCUCUUAUCCAUGACCCUCCUGUCACUUUCAAUGGGCCAGUCCAACUCAGCUGGUUCGAAAGGUGUGUGGUUUUGGCAAAAUAGUACGGCCGCCAUUGACUUCGCGCAAAAUGAUUUGUUGGUAGGAACUUCAGAUCCAUUCUUCUGGUUUCUGAUCCCCUUGAUCGGCGUCAUUUGUGUUGGAGUGUGUAUAGGUCUCCAUUACACAGCGCUAGUUCUUACCUGGCUACUCAGUAUCAUUUACAGCUGGAUUUCCGCCCGACCGGCUAUUCAGCAGCAAGAGAAAAAACGAGCUUUAUCACCAGCAUUCGCACCUUCCUCGCCACGGAGGCGAUUAAUCACCGCCGUAGUUCUCCUUUUACUUGUUUCAACCUUCAUCCCAUACCAGUUUGCGUAUGUGGUCGCAUGCCUAGUACAACUCAGCACAGCCGUUCGAGCUCAACGAUCUGCCCGCGAAACUACAUCCCUAGCGAGCACCAAUUUCAGCAAUUAUGCCCAUUCCAUUUUCUUAUUGAUGUUAUGGAUCCUGCCGAUCAACUUGCCAACUUUGGUCGUCUGGGUACGCAAUUUGGCUGUACAUUGGUUUACAGCAUUCUCGUCUCACCACAACGUAUUGUCGAUUUUGCCGUUCAUCCUCUUGGUUGAAACCCUUACUGCCGGCAAGAUGAUACCGCCACUGACAAAUCGGCUUCGACAUUUAACAAAUGUCAUAUUCUUCGGCAUAGCCAUUUACGCCGCUAUUUAUGGAGUAUCGUAUGCCUACAUGCUUCAUUACCUGGUGAAUAUUGUUGCAAUUUGGCUCGUGGCAAUUCAUUCGACGUCCGACUCGUGGUCCCUUUCCGGGAUAAGUUCUAUGUUUGAUGGCGAGCCAGCCGAAGACCAUAAGCAAGGCAAAAAUCCUUGAUUAUUGGCCGAGCUUUUUUAUUCGCUUUACGUUGUAGAUAGGCCUUGAGCGUCCUUGAAGGGAUUUAGUUAUACCCCGAUCUCCAUUUUAACGAGUCAUCCGACCACAUACAAACACAAACCGGCGACGUGGCUCUCAUUAGAGCCCACCGUUCUUCGAAGUAUAUACACUCCAAUUGUUCGUGCCGACGAUAUUGAACGUCUGCCAACCGCUUAUCAGCAUUCUCCGAUAUGAGAAAAU